CCAAUGUAUCGUCUAGCCGGAAUCCUAACCCCAUCCCCGUGGCCGGAGAAAAUCUAUUUAGCGAAGAUCUCUGGCUUUUGUAACUAUGAAGAUCGCAGGACUAAUCAUUGUUGCCAUCUCUGUACUGUACGUCAAUGGAGCUCUUUCCAAGUCUCGUCGACCAAUCUCUGAGAUGGAGAUUCGAGAGAAGAAGCAUCAGUGCUACGCCAACAUCGAGAGUGGUUUAUGGGGAGAAAGGUGCAAGUCUUCAAUGGUAGCAAAGGAGAAUUGUGCUCUACAAUGCUUAUCACCAGUUUGUUAUGAGCUUGUUUACGAGAGUGAUCCACUGGAAGAAGGGGAGAAAGAUAUUGUCAGGAGUCAAGAAUACAAGUAUUGCAUGCACAGGGUAUCUCUUGGAGAAAGUUUAGACGGCAUAAGAGGUUCAUUCGAGUUCUAGUUUUUGAAGAUUGAUUUCCGAGGUCUUCUCAUCCUGGACAUAAAGAUAACAUCACCAUGAUCUCACUACUCAAAUGGCUGGGUGCAACUUUCAAAAUUGAUGUAAAACUUAGGGCUUGUUUGGAUAACGAUAGAUCUGCUUUUUUAGGGAUUUGACUAAUUUGCAGUGAAUUCUCACCGUUAAACUUCUAAAUUGAGCCUUCGAAAAACAACUUUUCUCUUUAGCUGUUUGCCAUCAGUGUCAAUUUCUGAAACUCAAGACUUGUAGGCUUUGUUGAUAGAAGUUCUUACUCACUCUGCA